AUGGCGCUCAUUUUGGCCGACGCCGUGGAAAAGGAGGCGCGGCGCAUCAUUGCCUCCGCAAACGCCUUCGACGCCCUCGCCCUGAACCCCGUCGACGCCAAGGGGGAGGCUGUGCUGCGACGGUACGAGGAGAAGGUCGCCCCGCUGCGGCGGCUGGUGCGAAACCGGCUGGCGAUGGAGGCGAAGGCCCGGCUGGACCACGCCAAGCUCCUGCUGCUGGACGACGCACUGCGCGCGAAGGAGCUGCGCCGCUUCAACGACCAGCAGCGCGGCGCCGUGCGGGAGCGCGAGGAGCUGAAGGCCCUCGAGGCGCGCACGAAGAUGCUGGAGGCGCGUGCGGCGGCGCUGUCGCCGUAG